CACAUAAAGGAGCGGGCGGUGCGACGGGGGCGGCUCUUUCCUGGGUGGGGUUUAUGAAGUCGUGGCCCGUUAGCAGGAAGCCGAGCAGUCGCCCCGACGCUAGAGAGGGACCCAAUUCGAGUCCCCGAGCCCACGAGUCCUAGCGGUGUGUACUGCGUGCUCCGCGCUGCCCGACAGUUCCCAGCCAAACUUCGCCAACUCCGCCGCCUUUGCCGCCACCAUGCCCAAGACGAUCAGUGUGCGUGUGACCACCAUGGAUGCAGAGCUGGAGUUUGCCAUCCAGCCCAACACCACUGGCAAGCAGCUGUUUGACCAGGUGGUGAAAACGAUUGGCCUGAGGGAAGUGUGGUUCUUCGGUCUGCAGUAUCAGGACACGAAGGGUUUCUCCACUUGGCUGAAGCUCAAUAAGAAGGUGACUGCCCAGGAUGUACGAAAGGAAAGUCCCUUGCUCUUCAAGUUCCGGGCCAAGUUCUACCCUGAGGAUGUAUCUGAAGAAUUGAUCCAGGACAUCACCCAGCGCCUAUUCUUCCUGCAAGUGAAGGAGGGUAUUCUCAUUGAUGAUAUUUACUGCCCUCCUGAGACGGCUGUGCUGCUUGCCUCCUAUGCUGUGCAGUCCAAGUAUGGUGACUUCAAUAAGGAGGUGCACAAGGCUGGCUAUCUGGCUGGAGACAAGUUGCUGCCACAGAGAGUCCUGGAGCAGCACAAACUCAACAAAGACCAGUGGGAGGAGCGAAUCCAGGUGUGGCAUGAGGAACACCGGGGUAUGCUCAGGGAGGAUGCAGUCCUGGAAUAUCUGAAGAUUGCUCAAGACCUGGAGAUGUAUGGAGUGAACUACUUCAGCAUUAAGAACAAGAAGGGCUCAGAGCUGUGGCUGGGUGUGGAUGCCCUGGGUCUCAACAUCUAUGAGCAGAAUGACAGACUGACUCCCAAGAUAGGCUUCCCUUGGAGUGAAAUCAGAAACAUCUCUUUCAACGAUAAGAAGUUUGUCAUCAAGCCCAUUGACAAAAAAGCCCCGGACUUUGUCUUCUAUGCACCCCGACUGAGGAUUAACAAGCGAAUCUUGGCCCUGUGCAUGGGGAACCAUGAGCUAUACAUGCGCCGCCGCAAGCCUGACACCAUUGAAGUGCAGCAGAUGAAGGCACAGGCCCGGGAGGAGAAGCACCAGAAGCAGAUGGAACGUGCUCUACUGGAAAACGAGAAGAAGAAGCGUGAGAUGGCAGAAAAGGAGAAGGAGAAGAUUGAGCGGGAGAAGGAGGAACUGAUGGAGAGGCUGAAGCAGAUUGAGGAACAGACUAAGAAGGCUCAGCAAGAACUGGAAGAACAGACCCGCCGGGCCAUGGAACUUGAGCAGGAACGGAAGCGUGCCCAGAGCGAGGCUGAAAAGCUGGCCAAGGAGCGUCAAGAAGCCGAAGAGGCCAAGGAGGCCCUGCUCCAGGCCUCUCGGGACCAGAAGAAGACCCAGGAACAGUUGGCAAUGGAGAUGGCAGAACUGACAGCUCGGAUCUCCCAGCUGGAAAUGGCCCGGCAGAAGAAGGAGAGUGAGGCUGUGGAAUGGCAGCAGAAGGCCCAGAUGGUACAGGAAGACUUGGAGAAGACCCGUGCUGAGUUGAAGACUGCCAUGAGUACACCUCAUGUGGCAGAGCCUGCUGAGAACGAACAAGAUGAGCAGGAUGAGAAUGGGGCAGAGGCCAGUGCUGACCUACGGGCUGAUGCUAUGGCCAAGGACUGCAGUGAGGAGGAACGUACCACUGAGGCAGAGAAGAAUGAGCGUGUGCAGAAGCACCUAAAGGCCCUCACUUCAGAGCUGGCCAAUGCCCGUGAUGAGUCCAAGAAGACAGCCAAUGACAUGAUCCAUGCUGAGAACAUGCGACUCGGCCGAGACAAAUACAAGACCUUGCGCCAGAUCAGGCAGGGCAACACCAAGCAGCGCAUUGAUGAGUUUGAGUCCAUGUAAUGGAUGCUCAGCCUCUAGGGACCCCUCCUCCCUCCUUCCUUGCCUCCACUCCUACACCCUCGCCUAACUCACACUGUGCUGGAGCCACUAACUAGAGCAGCCCUGGAGUUAUGCCAAGCAUUCAGUGCAGCCAUGGGACCAAACCUAACUUUUCAGCCCCCAUUCAUUUCCGUGGGCAGACAAAUGGCCCACUGUGGUGCCAAUGGGACCUGCUUUCCCUUCUCUGUCCGACUUAAUCUAGAUCACUAGAAUAGACCAGUUCCCCAGCUCAGAGGCACCUCCCACUUGCUCUGACAACCCCCCUCUCCCACCACACACACACUUGCUAUUAUGGGGGUGAAGUGUGGAGUAGGUUGAAAGCUAGCCUCCCUUCCCACCCCACCACUGUCUUCCACUUCCAGGUCCUGUGAUUUGUAGGGUUGGAAUGUCACAGGGUUUAGGGAAGGAGGCAGGGCCCUGACUAUCUGCAGUAAGAUGUCAACUGACCUAGGAUUUGGCCUGCGAAGGCCACUGCCUUUUAGAGUUAUAUAGGCUUUGUACUGAUUGGAGGAUAAAGAGAUGUUCAGUCAUUCUUGUUUCUACCUCCCAGAUUGGGCCUGUUACAAACUCAGUCCCAAUAAGCCUUGUCCCUGAGUUUAGGGACUCAGUUUCUCCCCAGGGUGGGCUGGGGGAGACAGUGCCUUCAAGAGACUUUACUAUCAUCCUAGAAGACCAUCAGCCCUUCUGUUCAGGCAAGGCUGGGUAGGAGAUCCUUCCCCAAUGCCUUAUGUGAGCCUAGGCCUGUCUUGAGUGAGCUCUAAGGGCAGAGGUACCCUUUACUUAUUAUUCCAGGUCCCUGGUCCCUUCUCUGGAUCUGCUCCUGCCUCCUUCAAUCCCCAAAUCCCCUCCAGCUAAAACAGAAGGGAUGAGUACCCAAAAGUCCAACUAGCCUCACCCAGGACUCUUGCCAAAACAAACAAACAAAAACAAAACAAAAACAGAGGAAAUGUACAUACCUGGCUUCAGUAUUUCCCCUGCGAGGGAUCCUAGGCCACUUCCAGAGAUACUUGGGUCCCAGCUCCUGUUUCACAGCCGUCCAGGCCUUGGUAUGGUGAGCCCUAGAGCUUGAUGCCAGUAAGCUCCAUUGCAGAGCGGGUGCAAGAAUAUGAGGGUGGUGAGAGAACCUGUGCUUCUGGGCUCACAGUUUACUCAACCCUCUCAGGUGCCCAACAGCCCCUUCCCUUCACCCCUCUCCUAGGUGGUGACUUGGGCUCUGCCUCUGUUUGACAAACCUCUGACCCAGGUCUUGCCACCAGCUGAGCUGUUCCAUGGAGCUAUAAACCAGAGAGCUGCUGGGGAUUCUGGCCUGAUCCCUUGGCACUACCCCACCCCUUGCUCUCAACCCUGGAGUAGCCUCCUCCUCCUCCUCUCUGUCUCAUGAAUGCUCUUUUUCUUUCCCACCAGUAUUAUAUAUAUUCUAGUGAUAUCUAACUCAGUAUUGAUUUCUGCCUUUUUUGCUAA